AUGUCUUCUAAUCUUAGACGACGCUGUACUCAAUCCUGGACACCCGACAAGCUCUGCCAAUCCGGAGACCACCGCGAGAACCAGAUGUUUGCUUCAGCCACCAUCGCUCGGUUUCUCGCCAAAAUUCUUUUGCAAUCAUCUUCGGAAGAGCAUCGAAUCAGGAUUGUGUUUGCAUUUAGGGAUCCAAUUUGUAUUUCCCCCAAAAUGCGAAGACUCGCAUGGAACUCUGCCCUAAUUGAUGCUGAACUCUACAAGCUUGAUGAUUGCUUUUGGAGCCUGGAGGACCAAAAAUCCAUCUCUGUGCUCCUAACCAAGAGUGAUCAAAUGGAAUGGUGGAAAUUUUUGGUGAAGGGUGAGCCUGAAAUUGAUACCCAGAAGGUAGAACCAGAAAGCAGUAAACUAUCAGAUCUAGACACUGAGACAAGGUCAACAGUGGAAAAAAUGAUGUUUGAUCAGCGACAGAAAUCCAUGGGUCUCCCUACAAGUGACGAAGUGCAGAAACAAGAUAUCCUGAAGAAAUUCAUGGCUAAAAUGGACAUUUCGGAGGCCAAGUUUAGCUGA